CCGUCCAAUCCCUGUGUUCCCACUUCACUCUUCACUCUCCCGGUAGCUCCCGUGAGCUAGCGAGCCGUUAAAGUUGUCCUAGACUCAUUUACAUAUUCAGUUAAACGAUAUUUAAACGUGUUUUUGAAGCGCGUGGCUAACUUAUACAACCGCCCACGUUAUGGAGCCGAGUUUACAGAUUGUUUAACUUUAAAAGUUAACUUUAAUAACUUAAGCUAACGUUAGCCGACUAGCAUGCCCCCCAAACUAUGGCCACUACCAGCUCAGUACAACAACAAUGAAGGUAGCACAACACAGGGGCUUACUGGAGAUGUUAUGAUGUGAUGGACGAAGGGAAAAGACUUUCCCCAUCAAGUGGAGGAACUUCAGCCUGGCUCCCCUGGGCAGAUGGUGUCAACCAUCCCACCUCCACUUUGUCUUCUCAGAUACUUCAGCUGAGUUAUGGCACAGCACUCCACUUAAGAAGAAAAAUGGCGGCGCUUCACUGGAUUCCAGCCAGCCGCCUUCCCUAAGCAGCUUCAGGAUGGACACCGGAGCAAAACAGUGGGGCAAUAUUCCACCUCCCAUCCCGCCGGACACCCUCCGUCCCCCCGGCUCGCGGGACACCGAGUUCCCGGUGAAUGACCCGAGUGGCUCCACCGUCCAGAGGCAGAGGAGGGAGCUCCAGCUGCUGAUGGCCGAGCUGAAGGACCGGGACAGGGAGCUGAACGCCACGGCCGCCUCCCACCACAGGCAGCUCCACGCCUGGGAACGAGACCGCCAGAGGGUGCUCUCCUUGGAGCAGAGGUGUGCCCGCUUGGAUGAGGAGUUGCAGAAACGCAACGAAGUGAUCAGAGUUCUGACCAAACGUGUGUGGGUGGUGGAAACCAGGAAGGAGGAGGUCCAGAAGGAGCUCAGCGCCGGUCAACAGCUGCUCUGUGAGCUCGAACAGAAACGGCAGAGCGUCAGUCAAAUGUGUCAAGACUUUGAGGAGAAGAACCAGAGUCUGAACUCCACCGUCACGGCUUUGUCCUCUCAGGUCGGCUCUCUGCAGGUCAGGGAGGAGGAGCUGAGCUCCAUGCUCAAACUCAAGGACAAAGAUGUGGCCGAGGCCUCUGGUCACGCGGUCGACCUCGCGGGCCGCCUACGACAUCUGGAGACGACGCUAACGGAGAGUCGCUCGCGGGAAAGUGAACUCCUGAGAGACUCGGAGGAACAUCGACGGCGCCACAGAGAGUCCAGAUACGAGGUCACGCACCUCAAAGAGGAGCUGCAGCAGCAGGUCACACAGAGCAGCACCCAGAGAGAAGAGGUCAUCCGGCUCAAGCAGGAGCUGCAGCUGCUUCGGAGAGAUCUGGCCUUGUCAGGUGAAGGAGACGGCUGGAGAGACGAGCUGCUGGAGCUGGCUCGCUCCAAACAGGAACGCACCUUGUCGGAGCUCCGCUGCUUACGACAGGUGUGUGAGAACCAGAGGAACGACCUGCAGCUUCUGCAGAUCAACCUGGAAAGCGCCCGCGAGAGCCUGCGGGAGAAGAGCGGUCAGGGGACACCCGGCAGGCAGGACGAGUUCAGGUGCGUCCGUCUGGACGGCCGCUCGCCUCCAUCGCUCCGAGCGAGGAGCUUGAGGACGCCGCGCGACGCCGCCUCUCCGCCAGCGGCCAAUCGGCGAAGCCCGGUCGACGGGGACCCGGGAGUCUACGCGACGCGCUCCAUUGAUGCCGAAGAUCCGCUGUCCAGCUGUUCUCUGCAGCAGCUGUUGGACGAGUCCAGGCAGCUCACGUGCACGGAGCACGGCAGCUCCGUGCACGCUCACGGUGGCCCUACCGGGAGCUGUGGGCCCACGGACACCUUUUACUCCCACGGGUGCCAGGCGGCCCUCCACCAUCACCAGCACCACCAGCCGACCACGGCGUCCCACAAGGAAGGAGACACUCCACCCAGAGCCCGCCCCCUCCUAAUGUCGGCCUCAUGGACGGGUUGACGUUCACCGAAGAACAAAUUCUAUAUUUUAUUUUUUACCGUGGAAACUUAAAGUGUUGAUCGAAGUGACUUCAAGCUACUCAGUCAGUGUUACUCCAGAACAUUAAAGAUUAAAGAGCUCAGGGAAAUGAAGUGAUGAACAUAUAUGUCAUGAUUUUGUAUCUUUUGUUAUACCACUUAAUCUUGUCUUUUUCAUAUUUGGUGCUAUGCAUAUUAUUUCUACGUACAUGUGUGUGUGUGUGUGUAUUGUGUGAAGUGGGUGAGACAAACCAGUCCUACUGGGCGGUUGAGUGGCGUCUCCGGAUGGUCUUUCCAGUUUCACGGCCUUCAGAUCCACCCGGUGACUCAAGAGGAAACGUGGACGGCAGUUUUUAACUUUUUUAAUCUUUUUUUUAAUAAACCUUCUCACACUACUUUUGAUUAAAACAAUAUUUAUAUGAAA